AAACUAAAGCCAAACAGCCCCUUAACAGCCCCACUUCUUCUUUCAUCCAUACCAUUCUCCUCUGUUUUCCACUUUACCUCCUACAGUUCACAGUUCACAUAACCCCACAACAAUAAAAUCAGCAUUAGUUUUGAACAAAACCCAAUUGAUCUUCCUCUGGAAAACUUUCUGGUCUUUUUUUUUUUGAGCUGAUGAAGUUAAAGAUGAGAGCUUUGAGCUGUACUGUUAGUACAGUUGUUCUUGCAGUUGUGUUUUUGAGUAGUUCUUCAGUGUUUGCAGGCGAUAUAGUUCACCAAGAUGAUGAGGCACCUAGAAGACCUGGUUGUGACAAUAAUUUUGUUCUGGUGAAAGUUGCAACUUGGAUUGAUGGCAAUGAGGAAAUGGAAUUUGUUGGUGUUGGUGCUCGAUUUGGCCAAACCUUGGAAUCCAAAGAGAAGCGUGCCGACCAAACAAGACUUGCCCUUGCUGACCCCCCUGAUUGUUGUAGUAAACCAAAAAAUAAGCUUACCGGUGAGGUCAUCUUGGUGUACCGAGGUAAUUGUAGUUUCACAACUAAAGCAAAUGUUGCAGAGGAAGCAGGUGCUUCUGCAGUCCUCAUCAUUAACAACCAGACAGAACUCUUCAAGAUGGUUUGUGAACCCAACGAGACUGAUAUAGAUAUUCAGAUACCUGCUGUGAUGCUUCCUAUUGAUGCUGGUCAGAAGUUGGAGGCCGUUAUGAAAAACAAGUCUGCUGUUAUGGCGCAACUAUAUUCUCCGCACCGUCCACUUGUUGAUGUAGCUGAAGUGUUUUUAUGGCUUAUGGCUGUUGGCGCAAUCUUAUGUGCAUCGUACUGGUCUGCAUGGACUGCUAGAGAAGCAGCAAUUGAGAUGGACAAGCUUUUAAAGGAUGGCUCAGAUGACUAUCUUAAUUUGGAGAGUAGUAAUUUAAGAGGAGUGGUGGACAUCAACACAACUUCUGCAGUUCUCUUUGUUGUAGUUGCUUCUGGUUUCUUGGUUAUGCUUUACAAAUUGAUGUCAUUCUGGUUCAUUGAGGUGCUGGUGGUUCUAUUUUGCAUUGGCGGCAUAGAGGGACUGCAAACCUGUUUGGUGGCAUUGUUAUCAUGUUUCAGAUGUUUUGAACAUGCUGGAGAGUCUUUCAUAAAGGUCCCCUUUAUUGGAGCUGUAUCAUACCUGACACUGGCUGUUUCUCCAUUCUGCAUAGCAUUUGCUGUUGUAUGGGCAGUUUACCGCCGUGUCUCAUUUGCUUGGAUCGGUCAAGAUAUCCUUGGUAUUGCUUUGAUAGUCACAGUUCUCCAGAUCAUACGAGUUCCAAAUUUGAAGGUUGGAACAGUUCUACUAAGUUGUGCAUUCCUAUAUGACAUUUUCUGGGUGUUUGUUUCAAAGUGGUGGUUUAAGGAGAGUGUGAUGAUAGUGGUUGCUCGUGGUGAUAGAAGUGGAGAAGAUGGUAUACCAAUGCUACUCAAGAUCCCUCGGAUGUUUGAUCCAUGGGGUGGCUACAGUAUAAUUGGAUUUGGCGACAUCAUCUUGCCUGGAUUGCUGGUGGCCUUUUCACUAAGGUAUGAUUGGCUGUCCAAGAAGAAUCUUCGAGAAGGAUACUUUCUGUGGGCAAUGAUUGCGUAUGGAUUAGGUCUCCUCAUUACUUACAUGGCCCUGAACAUGAUGGAUGGACAUGGCCAACCAGCAUUACUUUAUAUUGUUCCUUUCACACUAGGUACAUUCUUGACAUUAGGGAAGAAGAGAGGUGAUCUUAAGAAUCUAUGGACAAGAGGAGAGCCAGAGAGACCUUGCUCCCAUGUCGAACUCCAACAGACUGAAUGAUUGGGAUCUCAUUGUUCAGGCCGGUUAACUGCAUAUAGGUAUUACACUGGAGAUGCCUAAUUGGAUAGCAAGCAGAGAGCUAGAAUGUGGGUAAUGUGGAAAAUUGCAGGUUAUGCUGUGCAUUGCGUUUGUUUCUGUUCCUGCUCGAGGACAGAUUCACAGUGGAUUAAUAACAAGCAGAGGGUAGUGACCAUACUAAUUGUGUGCUAGUAGUUUGCAGGACUAUGUUGUAUCAUAUUGGCAAGCUCAGUUUAUUUGCAUAUAGAUACUAGGCUACAUGCACUCUAGCAGCUAACAACCUUGUUUGUACUUUGAGGGAAAAGCUGUUGGCAAGGCGUUAUGCUUUUGCCAAAGGAUAAGUGAUAAAUCUCUCGAGGCAUUUUGAGUAAGAGAGUUCCUUUUUGUAGUUUUUGCUACUUUAAUGAAUCCACGCAUUUGUGUUGUUCCAUA